CCGACACGCGUCUGUACACUAUUGUGAUAGACAUUGUCAACGCUGAACGUACACGCCGCUGUGAUCGGUCGUAACUGAACGAGUGCUACAAGUGCUACAGACUUGCAAAUACGCUUAAAAGAAUCUGGUGAAAAUUGAUGGGCAUGGAUACUUAUUUAAUUUGCACCAGAUUACCUAAAUUAAAAUUAUGGAUUUGUCUUUAAAAAAAAAUCUCAAUGAACAAAAUGAAAAAUGUCCUACUAAAAUUAUUUUUACACCGAUGACUACAUCAUAUUUUUCUCCAAAUUACUGCCAAAAUUUUAUGUCAAAUUUAUAUUUACCAAAGACUGCUUCAAGACCAUUGCCAGUAAUAAAUUCAAAGAUUAAAGACAUUGAUACACCCAGUAAUAAUAGCCCUGAUCCUGUUUUUUCAAUGGCGCAUAGUUCAACAAACUACCAAAGUAUGUCAAAUUUACAUUCAAUUUUAUAUUUAUCGAUGACUGCUUCAGAUUCAUUAGUUGAAAAACCAAAAUCUGAAGAGGGUGAAACACCUACUUAUACUAAACCUUCUGAUAUUGUUAAUCCUACGGAAACUACUUCACAUUUUACUUCACCGAACUACCAAAGUAUGUCAAAUUCACAAUCGAAUUUAUAUUUAUCAAAGAUUCCUUCAGAAUCAUCAGGAGUUGAGAAACCAAAGAUUAAAGACGUUAAAACAUCCACUUAUAUUAAACCUAUCGAUAUAGUUUAUCCUACGACGACUGCUUCACAUUUUACUUCACCGAACUACCAAAGUAUGUCAAAUUCACAAUCGAAUUUAUAUUUAUCAAAGAUUCCUUCAGAAUCAUCAGGAGUUGAAAAACCAAAAAUUAGAGACAUUGAAGCACCCACUUGUAUCACUUAUAUUAAACCUCCUGAUACAGUUUAUCCUACGGUGACUACUUCACUCUAUUCUUCAUCAAAGUACCAAAGUAUGUCAAAUUUUUAUUUAUCAGGGAUUCCCUCAAAAUCAUUAGGAGUUGUAAAACCAAAGAUUAAAGAUGUUGAAACGCCCACUUGUAUCACCUAUAUUAAACCUCCUGAUACAGUUUAUCCUACGGUGACUACUUCACACUAUUCUUCAUCAAACUACCAAAGUAUGUCAAAUUCACAAUCGAAUUUAUAUUUAUCAAAGAUUCCUUCAGAAUCAUCAGGAGUUGAAAAACCAAGGAUUAGAGACGUUGAAACAUCCACUUAUAUUAAACCUAUCGAUUCAAUUUAUCCUAUGCCGAAUACUUCACAUUGUACUUCAUCAUACUCCCGAAGAACAUCAAAUUUAUAUUCAAAUUUAUAUUUAAUGAUGACUGCUCCAGAAUCAUUAAGAGUUGAAAAACCAAAAUUUAGACUUAUUAAAACAAUUAAUGAAGCUAAUCCUUUUGAUUCAUUUGUUAUACCAGAGACUACUUCGCAUUUCCCUUCUAAGAAUGACCAAGGAAUCAGCCCUAAAGUUAUAGACUACGUUUUAAAAUGCAAAAAGAGUGUUGCUGAUCAAAGUGUUGUUAAUAGAAAGGAAGCCGAUUCUUCUAUGUGCAGCAUUAAUAAAAAUAAUUCUGUCAACUAUGACACUACUAGUGAAAAUCAAAUGCCAUUAGAAGUGCCUAGUAUGCCUACUAUGAACAAAAGACGGAAAAAGCCAAAUAUAUUAUUAAAAUCUAAUAGAGCAAUAAGAAAAUGUGUACAAAGUAUACCGAAAAAUAGACUUCAACCCAUCAAUAAAAGAAUGUAUGAAGAAUCACUAAAAAUAUACAACUUCAGUAACACUAAUCGACAAAUAGAAUCAACUUCUAACAAUGAACAAAAUGAUUUUCCUCAAAUUUCUUAUCCAACUAUUCAACCAUCUAACUCAAUAGAUGAAAAAUAUUCAUCUGGAACCUUAUCUACACAAUUAAAACCACAUCCGACAGACAUUGAAAUUCCAGAAAAAUCUGAAAUUCCAGAAAAAUCUGAAAUGAUUAAUCUUCCUUCUUAUGAUACAUCAAUGUUUUCUUCACUACAAGUUACUAAUAAAGCUGAUAAUCAUUCUUUUAUAUCAAAAAAUGCUCAGGAGAUGAAACACUUGAAACCACCACUUUCCGAGCGGCCGCGCACAGUCGGUCCACUCUACAGCAGCCCCAGCCGCGCGUACCCGACCCCGUCGUUGUACCGGCCGAGGGAGCCCUCGCCCGCAGCCACAGCCGCAGCCUCAGCCGCCGCCGCCGCCGUCGUCGUCGUCGUCCCGUACCGCUUUACCGGCGACGACCCGCCCGACCGCGCUCACCCCUACACGUUCAGCAUGAGUGACGUCGCCGACCAGAUCAAAGACGGCAGCAAUAUUAUACUGACGACCAGCCCGUUCUCCAACAUCGGCAAACAAGACGUCCUCAAGAGCGCCGUCGACGUGCCAGCCACCGCAUAUAGAAUGUGCAAUACUUCAUCUCAUAAUAUACCAUUAACUCAAUUUGCACCUAUUGGAAAUUCCAUUAAACCAGGUAUACCAAAAUUGUCAGCCCAUGAAGUUGGAGAUGAACUUGGUAUUUGUCCUGUAAUAUUACAUCCUUCUAAGCAAUUGAGUUCACAAGUUCAGAUGAAAAGUGAUGCGCUUAUAAAAACAAUUGGAUUUGCACCUGCACGAUCUCAGAUGACAGCUCAAGCGCAAAACCGUAUUGUUACAACAUCAUUGCAACGUUCUAUUAUGGAAUCUCAAAAUGUUUCCCCACUUAUAAUAACACCUACAUCGCAUGUUAUUCAUUCGUCUAAUGACAUUGUUCCUGCUAAAAUUGUUCCAAUACCAUCAGCUCCCGCUGUAUCACAUUUUUCUGUAAUUAAUAAGACGGGUUCUUAUGAUAGUAUACCUGAAUAUACAGGCAUACGCCAAAGUUUGGUGUCCGGUACACCACCAGUUUAUACUCAGAGUGAUUUUGCUCGUUUUCCUCCAAAAAGUUACCACCAUAAAAAUGCUGUUGUCAAUCCAGCAGUUAUUCAUGGUCCCAUUCCUGGAAAUAUUGAUGAGCCAUGUAUAAAUAUACCCAAUAGUCAACAUGUAUUUAAACCAAUUAUUUCACCUAGGCCUAGUAUUUUAAGGAAGCGUGAUGCAGAUGGUGUACUUAGAGCGCAGAAAAAUUUAAUACCAAUUUUAACCAAACCUGACAUUGAAGAAUGUGUAAAUAAUAUAGACGAAACACCACUAAACAGAAAUGGAUAUAGUGAUAGUGGCUUACAAUUAGAAUCAAUUAUGGUACCACAAAUACCAGAGGUAAGGUUACUACCUCAAAUUUCUGCCUUAAGUAAGCAAUCACAUAUAAUGGUUGAAAUUAGUCCACGAAAAAAACCUCGAAAACAGUUACUCCCUGUUAAUCAAGAAGAUAGUCCAUUUAAAAUAGUAGGUGAUGAUAUGGAGUAUGUGGAUGAAAAAUUAAUAAAAAAUGAUAAAUCAGAAGAUUUUCCUGAUGAAGAUUUAAUUUGUAAUGAUGACUUAAUUGAUGGUGAUGCUGAAGAUGAAGCAGAAGAUGAUUUAGAUGAUAUGGAUGUUGAUGAUGAUUGUCCUGCAGAUGAUGAUUAUGACGAUGAUGAUGAUGAUUUUGGGAAUGAUUUUGGAGAUGAAUUUGAUUAUGUUAAGUCAGAUAAAACAUUCUUCGAAGAAGUUAAAACAUCAGUAGAAGCCAGUGAUGAAAGCUCAGCUUGCAAUAAACCUAAGAAUAAACGACCAACAUUAUUGGGAGGUUAUAAAAAUAUGUGGCGGGGGGCAAAUUCUCACCAUUUUCAAAGGUAUACUGAUUUUAAAGUUAAAGAAACGAAAAAGCAAUUAGCUGAUAUGCAGCAAGCUAAAAAGUGGACGUCAGAUAGCAUAUCUGGAUGGAGAGUUCGGCACUUAUUAGAUCAAUUUGAUGGAAUGAUAACUAUCGAAGAAGAAAUUAUUGCAAGAAUGACUGCACUUAUGUCUGAAAUUGAAGCAAAUAUAAAAGAUCUUAGACUGUGUACUACUCUCGUUGAACUAAUUAAAGAUAACAUUCAAAGAAGCAAAGUAUCAAGAGCUCAAUUAGAUGAAAUUAGACAACAAUUGAAAAAAAUAUUUGACUAUAAAACAUUAAUUGAAGAUGUGGUUGAUAAAUAUUGUCCCAAAGACCUUAAAAAGAAAUAUGCAAAAGUAUUUAAUCUUAGCAAAUCUUAGACGAUAUGUAUUGUUGUCAAUAAGAAUAAUUUGAUUUACACUGCACACAUAUCCAAGAAAUACCCAAUGAAGUAUGUUUAUUGCAAGUACAUUAAUGGUGUAGAAAAAAAUGAUUUUCCAGCUUCGAUUAAAACUGUGAAAACGAAUUCUAGUGAACCAAUCGAAGAUUGUUUAUGAGUAUUAAUAAUUGAUAAUCAGCUUAAACGAUGCACUAGGAAUAUUGAUUGGCCAGAUGGGUUAUUCAAAAUAUUAACUACAGGUCAUGUGUUUAAAUGAUUGGUGAUUAUGCACUAUCAACAUGGUUGGUGUUAAAGGAGUAAAUAAAAACCGAUGAUAUCCAUUAAUGGAAUAAGUUACAAGGAGAUAUAUGUGUUGAUUAGGAUUGGCCAUCAAAUUCACUUCACCUGUUAAAGAAUGGCAAAACCAAUUUUUUAAUUUACAAAAAAAUACAUUUUGGAGAUUAUCAAGAUGUUUUAUUUUACUGUGGUUCAAAGCUGACAUUCUGAAAAAACGUGCCUAUAAUCAACCGCUUCUGAAUGAGCUGCACUUGCAUCACAUGGAGAUUCAUUAUGUAGCCAAGAAAUUUCUAUGUUCAGAUUGCAAAAAAACUAAGUGAUCCAUAGUUAUAACUUAUAAAUUAUAAUAACACUUUAAACAAAUACUAUUUGUGAAAAUGUAUGAAAUUACUAAAAUUCAUAUUUUUAAAUAUGAGUUAUUAGGCAAAUACUUAAGUUAAUUGAAAAUUAAAACGUGGUUUAAUGUACUGUAUAUAAUCC